AUGGCCACCUGUCUCACUACUAUCGCAUAUCGCAUAAUGAUGGAACGGUUGAUCAAACAACUACCACCGCUAUGGCCUCAGAAUGGACCCACUAACCCACAGUCCCACUGUUGCGAUCCUUGGCUGGUUGAAGACAACUUGAAGACUCUCGCUAUCUUGGACAAACUCACCGGUCGGGGAGGUGGGAAAGAUGAAGUCCUGCCGACAAUGGACCCUGCUUCUAUGCGCCACGUGGAUCCUCACACCUUCCUCAAAUCCCAUUCGCUCGAGCAUAUGCGGGCAAAUGCCAGCCCCCAAGCAGAAGAACUGCAGCAGGAGAUGAACAAGCUGAGUGAAAGACUGGAGGAUAAGGUUGGAGCGAUAGGAGUGCCCGAACAUCCAGCUCUACCGACGGCAGGAUUGUGA